AUGAAGACCAUGAACAAAACUGAGACAACUUGCUUCAGCUUUUCUUUUGACAAUACGAGAGAAGUUUUCAUAACAAAUAUUCUAACCUGCAUCCUCAAUGUAAUGUUCAGUAUCAUAACAUGUGUGGGCAACUCUACGAUUCUUCUUGCGAUUAAAAAUACACGAGAUCUUCACACGCCAGCUUACGUCCUUCUAGGCUGCCUGGCUUUUUCUGAUCUUCUCGUUGGCCUCAUAUGUCAGCCACUUUUCGUGGGAGUCAAGAUAGCUGAGUUUGAAAAGAGCUUUACUACGUAUUGUUGGUUAAGAAUGCUUCAGACCAGAUCAGCUUGGACAACAGCAAGCGUUUCUUUUUUUACAAUAGCUGUAGUGUCCGUUGACCGACUAAUCGCUUUACAGCUGCACUUGCGAUACAGCGCAUUUGUCACCGUUUCUCGGGUUUUGCAAGCCACUCUGGUUAUUUGGAUCUUGUCCGUUAUAUUGAAUGUCGUGCUAAGGUUUUGGAUGAUGACCGACGAAUGGUUUUUCAUCCCGUUGGUCAUUUUUGUUGUUGUAUUCCUGGUUCUAACCGUUAGUACCAUGAAGAUAUUUCAGAUGGUUCGAAGACACCAGCGCCAGAUAAAAAGACAAACUGAGGCCGUGAGCCAUCUUCGAUCGAACACAGUGAACGUCUUAAAAUGCAGGAAAUCAGCAGUCACUGUACUUUAUAUCUACGCCUUGUUUGUGAUAUGUUAUGUCCCUUUUUUUGGAACGCUGAUCACAGAGAUGUUCCAUCGAUAUACAAUCAAGGAACAAAUCGCUUAUGAUUUCUCUACGACUGUUAUUUUCGUCAACUCCUUUAUAAAUCCGGUAGUAUACUGCUGGAGAAUUCGGGAGAUAAAAAAAGCUGUAAAGAACAUUCUAAGGGGGUGGGGUGGGGGACGGAAUGAAUAA